AUGGAUGGCAAUGCCUCCGAACAGAAUAGCCGCUUAGUGGAAAGGCCGUCCUUGGACCAGCCGCCUACAGAUCCCAUCAAUGAUUCCAGAACAAACGGCCAAGCUCCCGCCACGUCCCCGCAGAGCUUCACCCUGCGCUCGCUCCUUGUCGGUCUUAUUAUAGGUGCCCUUAUCACAUUUUCGAACACAUACUUUGGCUUGCAGACAGGAUGGAUCAGCACAAUGGCCAUGCCCUCAGCCUUGAUCGGCUUUUCGGUCUUCAAGGUUCUAUCCAAGCACCUCUCCUUUCCUUUCACGCCCAUUGAGAAUGUUUUGAUUCAAACGGUUGCGGGUGCAGUGGGGACAAUGCCUCUUGGUUGUGGAUUCGUUGGCGUCAUACCUGCCCUGGAGUUCCUGCUGAAGCCUGGGGAUGAUGGGCCCGAAGGCGAUGGCGGAGAAGGCGAGGGAGGCCCUUUGAACCUCGGCUUUUGGAAGCUCGUCAUUUGGAGUCUUGGAGUAUGCCUCUUUGGGGUUGUAUUUGCGGUUCCACUGCGAAAAGAAGUCAUUGUCCGAGAGAAGUUACGAUUUCCGAGUGGUACUGCCUCGGCCUUGAUGCUCAAGGUCUUGCAUGGCUCUGGAAGUAACGAAAAAAUUGUAGCUCCAGAGAGUUCCCGUGCAGGGGUAUUGAAUACAGAGACAGGGGCUGCUGGUCAGUCACAAGAGGACAUAGGUCUCUUGAAAGAUGGCGAUGCUGAAGAUCAAGCUUCCAAGGAGCAAGAUUGGCGAUCAAAGAUGCGUCUCUUGGUCGGGGCGUUCACGGUAUCUGGUGUCUAUACUCUGUUCUCCUACUUCGUCCCUCUAGUCCGAAAUAUUCCUUUGUUUGGCGCCAGCCUAGCAAAGAACUGGUUAUGGACUCUCAACCCGUCGCCCGCAUAUAUCGGCCAAGGCAUCAUCAUGGGUCCAUCAACGUGCAUGCACAUGCUUUUCGGAGCAGUCCUCGGGUGGGGAAUCCUAUCGCCACUGGCCAAGAGUCGCGGCUGGGCUUCUGGCCCAGUGAACGACUGGGAAACUGGCAGCAAAGGAUGGAUUCUCUGGCUGUCGCUAGCUAUCAUGCUUGCUGAUUCGCUCGUUAGUCUAGGGUGGCUGAUAGCCAAACCCAUUGUGAACCGUUCUCCAAGAUGGAUAGCUUGGUUCAAAUCCACUCGUGUCGGACAGUGGGUUGCGCUUCGACUGCAAUCUUCUCAACACUCAUAUAUCAACUACUCUGCUUUGGAGUCGGAAUCACGUCCUUUCUAUCAUGAGGGAAAUGAUUCUCAGCGCACAGGAAUGACUACAGGCGCAGAGGAAGAGGAAGAGGAAGAUGCACCAGCAUCUCAACUCAUUUCUACUCGUACAGUAGUCAUUCUACUUCCUUUAACUCUCCUUUUAAACGUUGCAUGCAUGCACAUCGUCUUUGGUGACAUCAUCUCUCCCUUUUUAUCGACAUUAGCAACUCUCUUGGCAGUGCUCCUGUCCAUCAUGGGUGUCCGGGCUCUGGGCGAGACCGAUCUCAACCCAGUAUCGGGCAUUAGCAAGCUGACACAACUUAUCUUCUCACUCGCGACACCCGCAUCUCAUUUUUCCAGACGAACUGCCCUUGUGACCAACCUACUCGCAGGUGCGGUCUCUGAGUCAGGGGCUCUGCAAGCCGGUGACAUGAUGCAAGAUUUGAAAACCGGGCAUCUGCUCGGCGCGAGCCCCAAAGCCCAGUUUUAUGGCCAGAUGAUCGGCAGCCUUGUAGGUGCAGUUUUAUCUACUGCCGUAUACAAAUUGUACGUGAAUGUCUACGAAGUUCCGGGCGAUAUGUUCCAGACACCUACUGCGUAUGUUUGGAUCUCCACCGCUCGCCUUGUGACUGGUCAAGGGCUACCUGAUAUGGCCUGGCAGGCUUCCCUAAUCGCUGGUAUCGUCUGGGUCAUUAUUACUACUGUGAGGAUCGCAGCCGCAUCUCCUGCGUAUGCACAUAACGGAAACCCUCCUCCUUGGAGAUCUUGGAUCCCCGGUGGUAUUGCUGUCGCAGUCGGCAUUUUCAACGAACCUUCAUUUACUCUAGCAAGGGCCAUCGGAGGUAUAAUUGCAUGGUGGUGGUCGCGGAAACAUCAGCACCAAACCACUAGCCAGGGAGUUGCCGGCAACGCCACUGGCAUUGGCUCUCCCGUAGAGUCUGAGCUGCAGUCUGGACAGCGAUCAUCAGCCGAGCAAGCAUCUGAAAAGGCCGAUGCCGCUGCCUCCACUGUUGUUGUGCUUGCUUCUGGUCUCAUUUUGGGCGAAGGUAUCAUGAGCAUUGUGAACCUUCUCCUUGCAAGUGGACGUGUUCCACAUCUUUGA